CUUAUCCUUACAGCUACUUUCGUCGCUGCAUAAUCUGCUGCAGACGAACUCGAUACCUCAGCCCCCUCCAGAAGCUCAGCCAUCAUGCUGCGAUUUGCCACCCCGAUACUCUCCCCGUCUGGCUCCAACAGCGACACCUCGUCAGAUGAAUCGGCUGUCAUGACCUUUCCAGCGGAAACCAAAACCAGGGAUCACUCCUUCUCCAACCCUCCUCUCAUCGACGAUCGCAGUCAAUCUACCUCAGUGAUGCGAACGCUUCCCCAGCCGAGAAUGGGCAAAUGCAACCAAGAAAAGGCCAAGGAUGUUCUUUUUCAUGGCUUUUACAACGAUGGCGAGGAAGCUCCCAUGGGUUGUGAGCCCAAUAUUACCCACCCGCUAGCACCACACUGUUCCGCUACUACAUCUCCUGUUGCCGAUACUAGCCGGCCGAUUCCGGUGACUCAAACACGCCCCCGCGAGAGGAUGGGCAAAUCAUUCAAGAAAGAGGCCAACGACGUUCUCUUCGAUGGCUUCUCCAAUGAUCCUACAGAUGCUUUAAUGGAUUUUGAGUCUGUAAUCGAGCACCCUCUUUCAUCGCCAAUCGACAUACAGGCUUGCUGCACUUUAGUAUACCGAUGCGUCCACUUCAAGUCACGCGGUCCUUACUCCGACUUCUACUCGAGCCCAAGGUCGGAAAGUGAGAUUAGAGAGGGAGCCAGAGCUGCUUUGAGAGAGAAAAAGUCCAACAGGGGCUUCUUCCUCGACGAAUUCCCAUGCUCGCCGGGCAAACCCUCGACCACCACCUUAUGGACCUGGUCGGAACCUCGCAAGAGCUUCAUGCCUCGUUUCGCCAAGUCGCCCUUGGACCUCUUGGAAGGCGUUCCGAAGAUAUUCGGUUCUUACCAUCCCAUCCUAAAGACCAACAUCCGCGCUUUUUUUCCCCCUUCCUCCUACCAAUGUCCUUCGCUGAGCUUCUAGAAGUUACCGAAGGGCUUUACGAGGCCGAAAGGAGCGUCAUCAUCAGGGCAAUGCGACCGCAGCCUUGGCGGGAUGCGACUUUUCAUCAUCAACACUAUUGGCGGUUUAAGGACUUGGGUGUUGUGGAUUUAGAAGCUGUGCCAAGGAGUGCUAUGGAUGAGGAUGAUGACGAUUCAGCAUCGGAUCUGAGUGAUGAUGAUCCCGCUUGGGAGACUUGGGAUGAUUAUAGGAGUAAAGCUUCAAGGGGAACGGGAAUAAAACCGGGAAUGGAAAUGGGAAUGAAGAGAUUGAAAGACUGGUUUUCGAGGCGCUGAUAUGCGUAACUUGUAUCAUCAUGUGCAUGUAUAGGGCA